AUGGCCCUCUCUUCAGAGGAGGUCGCCCACCUCAACAGGCAAGCAAAACGACGAGCCGAACGAGCCGCAGCCGAAAUGUCCUUCCGCGAUGUGAACUCAGAGGAGUACCUUAAGCGACUACGGGCUAAGCGGCGCCCGGGAAGACGAUUCGAUAUCGAGCAUACGCCUGCCGCGGUCGAGAUUGGCGAGGAACCGCUUCCUUCGCAACCAGAGUUCAGGCGGUCGACAGUUCCGGAGAAGUACCGGACGCAUACGCGCACAAAGUCGACGCCGACGGCGAACACGGGUGUUUUAUCGACAUCUGGGAGUCGCAGGGCUACUCUCGCAAGUCCUAUAGCGAGGAACACUUCUGGUAAAGCUCUGGUUCCUUCUCAGAGGCUUGCUGCUCAGCAGACAAAAAGUCAGCCCAACCUUUUCUUGCAAGCUGCGCAACAGCGACCAGCUCCUACCAUAAGUCACGCCAAUCUGGGCACAACUACGACAGUCUCGUCGUUAUCAUCUCAGCCUCAGAGAUCCAAAUCAAGUCUGAGCAUGUUCUACCCCAAAAAGCAUGUUCGUCGCGCAGCUUCCGUGUCUGUCCUAUCGUCGAGGCCCCUGGGCAUAGAUCCAAUAGCCACGGCUCAUCAGCCCGCUCACGCUCGAAGCCAGUCGCUUGGCAACGCGAUGUCCGUUCUAGACCCAACAUCGCAACCUGUCGCCCUGAAAAAGCGAGGCUCACUUCGCAUGCUGAAAGACAAGAUCAGAAGAGUAGCCAGCUCUUUCGAACUUCGAUCGGCAAGGAGCGAUGGUCCAGGGCUCAGCGAUGGUGAUGGCUUGAAGAACCGGUCCAGCAGGAGUCUCCUACUGCGAACGACACGCAGAUUUGGCUCACAGCAUCGCCUCGGGACCGUUAGCGAAGAAUGA